CUAUUCCGCGUACAGCCCAGUCUCUUCACAGAUGCGCUAGUUGUGGCAUUUUUCUGCUUAAAUUUAAUCGAUUUAACAUUACUACACUCCAUAUAUGUAUUGAUUUGCCUUUGUUGUCUUCAGUAUAUCGAGAUAUAAAAGCUUUUUACAGCAUGGCAGACGAGUCCCUGUUUGAGUUUCUGCACAUGGAGAUCGUGUCCCAUGUUUACAGGGAGCAGCAGUCCAGUAAAGGAGAGAUGGACAACAAGGACAGAGCUGCUUGUAUUUCUGUCUUGGAAGGCAUGGGCUUCAGGGUGGGACAAGGACUCAUUGAAAGGUUGACCAGGGACUCCCCCAGCUUUAAGGAUGAGUUGGAUGUCAUGAAGUUUGUCUGUAAAGACUUCUGGACGAAGGUGUUCAGGAGGCAAAUUGAUAACCUCAGAACAAACCACCAGGGUACCUAUGUCCUGCAGGAUAACAAGUUUACCCUACUGACUCAGCUGUCAAAUGGAAAGCAGUACAUGGAUCAGGCUCCCAAGUACCUUGCUUUUUCAUGUGGUGUGGUGAGAGGAGCUCUGUGUAACCUUGGUCUGGAGAGCGUGGUGACAGCUGAGGUCUCGGUCAUGCCGUCCUGUAAAUUUCAGGUGGUCAUCCAGAAGUUGUGACCUGAUUUUGUUUGCGCGCUUGCUACUGAUGAGCAGCACUGAGAUGGAGGGUGAUAUUUAUCUUCCACGGGGCUGCGUGUACAGAUGGAAUCAGACAUCACAUCAAGGGGAAACAGGACUUCUCAGAUUCUGCUGAAAGCCAGAAAGAACUAACCAGGUCUUGAAUGUGACUUGUGGUUUUGCAAUCGUGAAUGAAUAUUUGUGUUGUAUGUUUUGUAUCCGGAUUUUUGAGUUUGUGUUUUUUUUUUUUUUUUUUAAUUUCAUCAACGUAAUUUAUGAAAUGCAUGAAACACCCAAACAUGGAAAAAGCCAGAAAGAUGAGACAACACAGAUAAUAAAUUUGGAAGAAAUAUUUCAAGACCACGACCGUUAUCCUCUUUUAGGCCUCUAUCCAGAUAACCACAAAUGAGUACUAACAACUUGUAAAUCAACAGGUUUGAGAAUAUUUUAGAGACAAACUUUCCUAGCGCUUGAAGCAGGAUAAGGUUGUUCUGCAACCGAGUCCACUGGUAGUGGAAACAGAGAGGUGCAAAUGCACAACACAAAAAAGAACAUUCUCUGAAGAAUAUUGAUAGCCAACAUAUCAUCAGAAAACUAAAACACUAUCUAAACAUUCUUCCUCUUUGCAUUAGUAAGGUUUUGCAGCAGUGCCAUCUUAGUGGAUGAAGACUAGGCAUGGCUGCAGUCAUUCACAGGACAUAAUGUAUGUAUUGUGUCUACACAUUGGACAUGUUGCCAGUCCAUCACAGGGACACGCACGGAGACAGAAAUAAGAAAAACAACAGUGCAUGCACAGACUCCCAGACAGACGGUUUAGAAUCACCAGUCAACCUAACGAGUGUGAUUGUUGGACUGCUGGAGGAGCUGGAUUGCUUGGAAAACCCUGAGCAACGCUCCCUUAACCUGAAUAAGAGUAUAUUAUUAAAGUACGGUAUGUUAAUGGCUAUUAUGGGAAUGAGAAGUAAAACUUGGGGCUUUAAUUGAUCUGAGAACGUGUGUGUAUAUAGGAAAAUGUACACAUCAGUAUGUGUGUAUGCAGCAUUUAUGUCUCUGUCUUCAGCAGCUUUACACUCGUGGUCAAUCAGAUUUAAUUUCAAGGCGAAAGGCAGAUGUAUAAAAUGAUUCACUUGUUAACAAAUUUUAAUGUUUGAUUCAAGCAAGAAAAUGUUAAGAAGUAGUGUCCCUUCCCAGAACCGACCAACUCCAUACUCACAAACUGGAUUUCCACAUUAACUUUGUAUGCACCAUGAUGUGUAUUUUGACCAUGUGUGCAUCCUGGAUGCACUAUUGUGUAAUUAUGGAUUUCUCCACAAAAGCUGCAGACUAUGUUGUUAUGAUUUAAAGUUAUUAAAUAUGGAUUUCUGGGUUAUUUUCACUAACAUGUUUCCAAAAUGUAGCUGAAAACAGAACAGUUGUAAAUGUGCAGUUUGUGUAAUCUUUACUUUCUAUUUUAUUUUUGUUUAUGGGGAAAAUGGCAACAAAAAAAAAAAUAAAAAAUAAACAGACAGACAUGAAGCAGAAAAGGCUACUCUUAGUUCAUCUUAAAGGUUGUUGCCUCGUAAAACCACUAGAGGGACACCUGAAGCCGUCGGUGGUUUCCUGCCUAAGAUGAGGUCAGUGUCCUUGUGGGUCUGACCUGUCUCAGGUUGCUGCUGUUUUCCUUUUAUUUGGUGGGAGAACAGUGGUCCCGCAGUUGAACAAACCUGUACAGUUCUGCUUAAAAGUGGUUUGUGAGGUUUCACAGGUUAAAUCAUAAUUAAAAAUAAAGUAAUUAAAAAUAUUUUCUCAGUUC